AUGCAGUACAGGCCUCUUGACGACAGGAAGAACGAAAUCCGAGUCCUGAGGUUCCUUGAUGUAUCCAGCCCUGUCCUAGCCGAGGAUCCUUUAGAAUGCUCUAUUGAACACGUGCCGCUGGAAUACUGUCCUCUCUUUCAACCCCUCCAAGAGAACCUGCAAACUCAAGCCGGCCCGGUAGUAUGGGAUGUGUUUACCGAGUGCGUAGAUCUACGAGAUUCGACGCUGGAGCAAACAAUAACUCACGAGGCUAAAAACCUUGGUACAACCCGAAAUCACAAGCAAACCAGCGGCUUCCGUUACACUUGGGGUGACUUCGAGGCUUUGUCCUAUACGUGGGGUGAUGGAGAUAACAAAAGACGGAUUUGCGUAAAUGGAAACGACAUCGAUGUUCCAACCAAUCUCGAGAACGCGCUAAGAGCUUUGCGUGGUCUGCCAGAGACACGUUUGGGUAUGUGUUAUUGGGUGGAUUCGUUAUGCAUCAACCAGCAAGACGAAAAAGAAAAGAACAAGCAGGUCAAACGCAUGAAAGAUAUCUACGGUCGAGCUAGGGCUGUGGUUGUCUGGUUAGGCCAAGAAGAGGAAACAGACAGCCUUGCAGUUGAGAUCAUGCGUUUUGUUUGCCGGAAAGAGAUGCUACAGCCCAGGUGGUACUUGCUGUCUAGCGCACGGUAUGCACUUGUCGCCUUCGCAAGAAAGACUUAUUGGGCCCGAUGUUGCAUAAUCCAAGAGCUCGCCAUGAAUCACAACUCGACCUUGCUAUUAUGUGGUAAAUUCAAGCUCACAAGAAGGAUGAUAGGCCUCGGCGUUCUCUGCUGCCAGAACCUUUUAGAAACUACAGAUGUGUUGGAUUACCAGCCCGAUGAUGACUUGUGGCAAGAUACACAGGCUUUGGUUAAUCGAUUGUAUUGUCUAUUAAUCCUCGCCUUCAAACCAGAUGUUGGAAUAGAGGCUACUAUCGACAAAGACAAAGUGUAUAGCAUACUCGGCUUGGUAGAUCCUGCUAUCUCUGCGGAUAUCAUUCCGGAUUACUCCCUUUCAGAGCAGCAGGUCUUUACAGAUUUAACAAAAUCUGUUGUCAGAGAAUCUGGCAGUUUGGAUUAUAUCCGUUUUGGAGGCAUUCCGGAAAUCAAGGGGUGGCCAUCAUGGGUGCCUGACUGGAGACGGCCGUUUUUGCUUAGACACGUUCGCUGCUAUCGAUCUUUUAAAGCGAGCGGAGACAUACCUGCCAAAUUUCGAUUCGAGGAUAGGGAGGAGAGUGAAAGCCUCCUCAUUUGCAAUGGAUUCUAUGUGGAUGUAGUGGAUAAAGCUGUGACAGAGACUUCCCAAAUCGGACACUUCACUCGAUCGAUUACCGACUCCAAUAGAUACGGUACCCUAGUACGUCAAGCGAUACACCAAACCAUGCUUUUGGAAUGCCCUGAUGUGACGGAAGAACUACUCUUUGAGAUACCAUGGAUGCAGAAUAGCGACGAGUAUCCGGCUUCGAACGACCCCCUCGCUGACCAGGAGUGGCUAAAAAUCUUGCAGUCGAGAUACCAUAAGUUUUUCCAUAAGUUCAGAGAGAACAACAAAAAUUUCACCAUAGGAGGCCAAAGUUUUCAAAGUCUCUUCCCACAGUCCGUCAAGAGGAAUAGUGAUAUUUCAAAGAUUUCAGAAGCUGUGAUUGAAGCUGGGUUUUGUUUGACGAAAAGAAUUCUCAUCACAACGAAAACCGGAUAUCUGGGUCUGGCUCCAAUAAUGAUCCACGCUGGAGAUGUUGUUGCUAUCUUGUUAGGAUCGCAAAUCCCGAUACUUUUACGGCCAGUUGGCGAUAAUCGUUUUCAAUUUGUAGGGGAAUGUUAUGUUCACGGACUCAUGGACGGGGAAAUACUAUCUGAUGAAGAUGUUGCCCACCAAGAGUUUGUUCUAUGUUAA